GCGGACAGGGCUGCGUCCCUGCAGGAACAGCCGAUCUGACUUCACCCGCAUCACAUCACCUACAGAGCAGCUCAACAUCUACACCCAACCCAGACACAGGAUCCAGUCUGCACCUUUAACACCGAAGAGAAACAACAACAUGGGCAACGUGGAGCCCACCAUAGUCCCAAAAGAGGACUUUGAUGCCACAGCUGACAUACGGGCCAUCAGGAAAGCAUGUAAAGGCUUAGGCACAGAUGAAGAGAGCAUCAUUCAUAUCCUGGCUAACCGUUCAUCAGCUCAGCGUUUGGUGAUUAAACAGGCUUACUUUGAAAAAUAUGAAGAUGAGUUAGAGGAGGUCCUGAAGGAGGAGCUGACAGGAACCUUUGAGAAAGCCAUCAUAGCCAUGUUGGACCCUCCUCGUGUUUUCUUUGCCAAGGAGCUGAGGAAGGCCAUGAAGGGGGCGGGGACAAAUGAAGCUGUGCUCAUAGAGAUCCUCUGUACAGCCACCAAUGAGGACAUCAGGAGGUACAAGGAGGCCUAUACUCAGGUACAUGAGCGUGACUUGGAGGCAGACAUCGAGGACGACACCAGCGGAGAUGUGAGGAACCUGUUGAUGUCACUGCUGCAGGCGGGCAGAGAUGAGGGCUUUGAGGUGGAUGAGAGUUUAGCUGAACAGGACGCUGCAUCUUUGUUUGAGGCAGGAGAAGGCAGAUUUGGCACAGACGAGUCAACCUUUACCUUCAUCCUGACUCACAGGAACUACCUUCAGCUCCAGGCCACCUUUAAGGCCUACGAGGCGCUUUCAGGGACAGACAUUUUGGACACCAUUGACUCUGAGGCAACAGGGACUCUGAAAGAGUGUUACAUCACUCUGGUCAGGUGUGCUAAGAACCCCCAGCUUUAUUUUGCCCGACGUCUUAAUGCCGCCAUGAAGGGAGUGGGCACAGAUGAAGACACGCUCAUUCGCGUCAUUGUGGGACGCUCAGAGAUCGACCUGGAGACAGUGAAGGACAUGUACCUGGAGAAAUACGACGUCACCCUGAAGGACGCUCUGGGUUCAGAGUGUGGUGGAGACUUCAAAAAACUCCUCAUCGAGAUCCUGCAUUAAAACAUCUCACUUUCUCCUACAAGCCUUAUUUAACCAACAUUACACAGUCUGAACCCAGUUAUCCCUCAUCCUACUCUUCAUUCUUCUCCUUUAUCAAAUUCAAUCAUAGCCUUUGUGGACAUCUUUCUCUCUGUCUUUCACAAGUCUAUUGUCAUACUAUCAGUGUCAGUCAGUUAUUCUCUUUGCAGCAUGGACCAAAAACAAAUUUAUUACUAUAUUAUUCAGUAUUUUACACAUUUAUAGUCUUUGGAUACACAGUUUUGCCAAGAAUUACACACCAAGUGGAAAUUAUCCAACUGUUUUCAGCCAAAUAUCAACUUUAACUCCAGCUCUUGAUCCACAAUCAGCAGCUUUGUGGCAUUUUUGUAAUUCCAUCACCAUCGAAGCUUAAACCAAACAUUAAGAGGUCUCUGCUGCUCCUCCACAUACAGCCUUUUAUAUUUGACACUAUUUCUCAGCAUCAUCCAUUAAGUGCACUAUGUUUUGCCUCAAAGAUGCCUUCAAUGUGAUUAUAGCAAUGCAGUUUCCUUUUUUGCUGCAACACUCAAGUGCCGAGUUUUCACAGCUAACUAGUUAUUCUGAAUAUAUUUUGCCCUAUUAUAAAGCAGGCUCUUUUAAGACAUUAUUGGGUUUUUGUAGACACAUCCCUGAUUGUUAUGUGGGAUUUUUAACUCAGACGUUUGUAGUCUUAUUAUUAUAAGUCACAGCUAACAUGCUGCCUCUCACAAUCACACUGUUCAAAAGACUGGCUGUUUUCCUUUACAUCUCCUCAUGAUAACCACAGUUCUUAGUGAUAAAUCCAUAAACUUGGGGAUCAUUGUGCAUCAAGGAUCACAAGGCAAUGGCCGUAAUAAGAAGAAGUCAUCUUGCUCCCUAACCUCAAAAGUGCAAUCACAGAUAAAGGACACUCUCUGUGUACAUGGAUGGAAUAUAUCUCUUUAAAGUCAUGUCUAAUUUUGUUUUUGAGCAAUAUUACAGUCAUAUUAACAGCUAUGAUAUGGGGUCAUGUUGUCAUAAAGCAAAUAAAUGCACUAAAUUAUGAAGGAAGUUGUAAACCUGUAGUAAUGGUAUAAGAUAUGUGUUACAUAUGUAUGUAGUAAUAAACUGAAACUAACAAAAA